AAAUUCUGACUGUAGAUUAUCAAAUCUUGAGGAGUUAAGAUGCCAUUAAUUAGGCCCUAAGCUUGAGUGCUUGACCCUCCAAUCCAAAUUCCAAAAUUUCUCGCUUUCAUUGGUAGUUGGUAGAAUGAUGAAAGACAUGCUCCUUAUUUUCUGGUAACUACUCUGUUGCAUUCUAUUCUUUCUCUAUCUCUCUCUUUCUCGGCGAUUUUGCUCUCCGGAGAAGGAUCAUGGCUCCUGCCAUGAAAAUCGUUUUCGGUCUCUUAACCUUUGUCACCGUUGGAAUGAUCAUAGGUGCUUUGUUUCAGUUAGCUUUUAUACAUAAAUUGGAAGAUUCAUAUGGCACCGAGUUUCCAUCAUUGCGGAAAAUUCAAAAUGAUGGCUAUCUUCUGUUGCCCAAAGGUAUUCCUCAUUGGGAUAAUGACAAAGAAGCGGAAAUUUUACGUCUUGGAUAUGUCAAACCUGAAAUAAUUAGCUGGUCGCCACGAAUCAUUGUACUGCAUAACUUUUUGAGCAUGGAGGAAUGUGACUAUCUUAGAGCCAUUGCCCUCCCUCGCCUUGAAAUUUCUACUGUGGUGGAUACAAAAACAGGGAAGGGAAUCAAGAGUAAUGUAAGGACAAGCUCUGGCAUGUUUCUGAGUUCUGAAGAGAGAAAGUAUCCAAUGGUACAGGCAAUUGAAAAAAGGAUAUCAGUCUAUUCUCAAGUGCCAGUAGAAAAUGGGGAGCUUCUCCAAGUUUUAAGGUAUGAAAAGAAUCAGUUUUACAAGCCCCAUCAUGACUACUUUUCGGACACUUUCAACUUGAAGCGUGGUGGUCAGCGUGUGGCAACAAUGCUGAUGUACUUAAGUGACAAUGUUGAGGGAGGAGAAACAUAUUUUCCUAUGGCUGGUUCAGGCGAAUGCAAUUGUGGUGGGAAGGUUGCGAAAGGGUUGUCUGUAAAGCCAAUUAAAGGAGAUGCAGUGCUUUUCUGGAGCAUGGGACUCGAUGGGCAGUCAGAUCCUAACAGCUUACAUGGAGGAUGUGAAGUUCUGUCAGGAGAAAAAUGGUCUGCUACAAAGUGGAUGAGGCAAAGAACUACCUCUUGACUUCUAUAGCUUCCCUCAUCUGAGGAAUAUGAAAAAAAGGUGCUUCCUUUACAGAGAUCACCUUAUGUACAUCAGAAUAACAAGGAUUAGAGAAUGUGAAUUGUUAAUUUUAAUCAAUUAGCUAAGAAUAUAAGUUUAGUUUUAGUUUCUAAA